AUGGAGGAGCUGGCCAGAGAGAGCAUCAGCCUUCUGGCUUCAGCCUCAGCCAAACCACGGGUGGAUCUGGCCGGGCCCCGACUCGGCUCCUUGGGGGCCAUCUUCAUUAUGCUUAAGUCAGCACUGGGCGCUGGGCUACUUAAUUUUCCGUGGGCCUUCGCGAGAGCAGGAGGCAUCCACAACGCAGUCAUUGUGGAGCUGGGCUCUCUUGUGUUCCUGGUCAGUGGUUUGAUCAUCUUGGGCUACGCAUCAUCCAUCAGUGGCCAGUGCACCUACCAGGCAGUGGUAAAGGAGGUGUGUGGCCCAGCCAUUGGUCAGCUGUGUGAGAUCUGCUUUGUUUUUAACCUUUUUAUGAUCUCUGUGGCCUUCCUUGUCAUUGUGGAUGACCAGCUUGAAAAGUUGUGCGGCUCAUUGUAUGAGCUGGUAACUGGUUUGCCUGACCAAGAGAGACCCUAUCACUUCUACACGGAUCAACGCUUUGCCCUGGUGCUUCUCUGUGCCUUGCUCAUUCUACCAAUUUCCACCCCCAAAGAGAUCAGCAUUCAAAGAUACAUCAGUGUAUUGGGCACUCUGGCUGCGACCUACCUGACCAUAGCCAUCAUCAUCAAGUUCCACAUGAUGCAUUCUGUUCAGGUUCACAUAAUCCCACAAUAUAGCAGUGGAAUAAGCUCCUGGGCAUCCACCUUUAGCGUCAUUCCCACCAUCUGCUUUGGUUUCCAAUGUCACGAGGCAUCCAUCGCUAUUUACAGCAGCAUGGAGAACCAGCGACUCUCUCACUGGGCCUUCAUCUCUGUGGUUACUAUGAUUAUCUGCCUCAUCAUUUAUUCUCUCACAGGGGUUUAUGGGUACCUGACAUUUGGGAAGGAUGUGAAGGCCGACAUUUUGAUGUCCUACAUGGGCGAUGACAUUCUGAUGCUUAUAGCCAGGCUACUCUUUGGGGUCUCUAUUAUCACCAUCUACCCAAUCAUCCUGCUGUUGGGCAGAUCAGUGAUCCAGGAUCCUAUGCUGAACUGGUGGCAGAGACGUGGCUGCUUGGUAACGGUGAAGGUUGAAAGUCGCAGUCGGUAUACGCUGACAUUCCUGUGGAUUACCGCGACACUUCUCAUCGCUGUGUUCGUGCCAGAUAUUAGUAAAGUUAUCAGUGUCAUCGGUGGGAUCAGUGCGUUUUUUAUUUUUAUCUUUCCAGGACUUUGUCUGAUGUUUGCCAUGCAGUCUGAACCAGUGUCUUUUAAAGCCAGAAUCACCCUCACUGUUUGGGGAGUGGUAACAUUGCUAUGUGGCGCAUUCAUCUUCGGCCAGAGUACCACUAUUGCUGUCAUGCAGCUCCUCGGAAAAAUCUGA